AUGAUGGGCCUGUCGUUUCCUUCCAUGCUCGACCGGUUCGCUGGUGUCACCAGUCGAUCGUCACCCCAUCCAUAUCCAUCAGAAAGACCGUCUCCAAGCGAACACCAGCUCGACCAGUUCGACGAGCUUGAUCAGCUCGACCCACGACCCAACUACAUGGCGGCGUACAAGGAUGAUACCACUCGAUCCCGACCGGGACCAACCACGGCUCUCGAAUCGAAACGCGGCCACUCCCCCGGUCCUUGGCUGGACAGACCUAGCCCCUCCAGCUCACUGUCCAAGCUGAGUCGUCCAUCGCCCAUAUCAGAAUCGGCGUGGCGGGGACUGUGGCGACGAGAACAAGCACUGGAGCAGGAUUUCCAGCAGCUGCUCGAUCUUCAAGCUGCAGGCUUAGUAUCGGGCUACGCAAAGCAGCUGAAUGCGGGUUCGAGCGGUGGCCUGGAUGGACACAGCGAUGCCGGAAGCAGUACUCCCACCGGCACGUUCUAUUCCACGACCAGUUCUACAUCUCGGAUGCCUAAAAGUCUCUACUUGCCACCCAAGUCUACCGCCGAUGGCAACGUAUUGCCGGUUCGGCAGCCGACGAAAAUUAGAUCUGCGGGGCUGCGAGGGGCACGAAACGGGCUGAAAAAGACCAUGAGAGCCCUCAUUGACAUCAAACUAGAGGAAGACGCCCAUAUCGAUGCGGCAUUGUCGGAGCGCAAGUUGGCGCUUGCCCGAGUCAAUCGUCUAGGCACGAAAAGGACAGGAAUCCACAAAGAGCUCCAGGCAUUGGACAAUGAUGAGCAUGAGCCUUUGGGCAAGGAGUUACGGGAACUAGGAGGCACAGUCGAAUCCAUAGACAGGGAUAUUCGCCUGUUGGAAGAGAAGCUUGUUGGGAUGCGAAACCGACGCCGCUUCCUCAAGGACAAGAUGGACGAUGUCAGAAGCAAACGCGAUGCUGGGCUCAGUGGGUACCGCGGGGCGCUCAAAGAACUGGAUGCCGAAAUCUGCACACUCUUGCGCCGCCCUCCUAUUCAACCACUUGAUCUGGAUAUUCUCACUCAAAGCGAUGUACCAAGUGGCGGCCCAAAUUCCGAUGAAGGGGCUGAAUUCCUGCGCCUCAUCCCCGAGCGCCGCACCAUGGAAAUGGCCAAGACCUGGUGGGAAUCCGAAAUCGACACGUUGCAGCGCAGGAAGUUGCAGAUAGAAGCCGAGCAGCAGGCUCUCGAGGAUGGAAGUGGCGUGUGGAUGGCCGUGACGACCUUGGUGACCGAUUUCGAGGCCAACCUUCGUACGGUUCUGGCAUCCGGGCCGGACUCUUCUGCAACGUCCAAGAUCAAGGGCAAGGAGAAGGUGCCAGCAUUGCAAGAGCUUAUUCGUGGCCAGCUCCCUCGAAUGAAAGAGGUCAUGACGGAGCUAGAAGAGCACAUGCGAGCGGCCGAGGAAAAACGUUGGAAUCUUCUCAUUUGCGCCAUCGGUGCCGAACUCGAAGCCUUUACGGAGGCGUACGCCAUGCUCGGUAGUCUAGCUAGCGACCAGGAUGCCAAUGCGUCCGCUCUCGACGGUACCGCGGAGGACUCGGGGGAAACUCCAUACGACCAGAAGAAUACGAGUAGUGUAAUGGACAGCCCAGUUGAGGGGGAGGGUUUCAGCAGGCAAGAGAGCGACAACGAGGUACCACCGGAUUUUUUAAUUUCGCACCUGGCCGAUAGCCCUGACGAAACCCACUGUCAACUGCAGAUGCAGGAAAGCGAUAGUAGGACGACUGUCGAUUGCCGUGACUUGCUGGAGUUCUGCUGUUUUUUGGUCCGAGUCGAAGAGUUGAGAUUUCCAAUGAUUGUAUGCUCCUCCAGAAAAGGCCCCAGAGAGCUUGCGUUGCGCUCUUCAGCAUACCCUAACGUCGUUGCGAUUUAUGAAACAAAAACCCCCUCAACGCAUCAAUCAGCCUGCCUAAACGCCACAAAACCAGACAAUGGAUAUGAUUCCUCGUCGUCUCAUUUGCCCCAGCCCAAUCUCCAUGGUGGACACCCCUUCAGAGGACCUAUCGCAUCGUAG